AUGAGUGAUAACUCCCGAGAGAGUUAUGUUGAAGGUGUGGAUCCCCAACCACCUGCGGAUGUGUUUUCCCUGGAAAUCACCGAGACAGUGAAUGUCUUGGUAAAUGACGGAUCAAGUGUAGGCGCCUAUACACUUGAUCUGGUGACGCACCCAAAUUCAGCUUCGGAGGUAAUCAAGUUGCAAGCGCUAGAAUCUAAAAGAUUCUUGCAAGAUCUGCACAGUGUCAAGAUCAAGCAGAUCCGCGCACUCGUCACAGAGGACGAGAACGUCGCCGACAUUCGGUCGGCACAAGUGUUUAAUGAGAAACAACAGGCCCUUUAG